AAAAGUGCUACAAUCUAAUAAAUAAAUAAAGCAAAACUAAUUUUCUUCACAUAUCCAGAAGUGUGUCCCACACCAUCAGAAGAUCUUUGUGCACCUGUUUAUUAGUCCAGGUCCCACACAGUGAGCGCAUCCAGGCUGGUUUAUGAUUGAGCCAUAAAGUAGAUAUUUAAACUAAAGUCAGAGCAGAGACGGAUUCACCGGAGAGGACCGGACUAGAAAGGUUGAAGGGUAGAAAACCCCAUCUGACGAGGAACUAAAACACUGAGGCGUAGAGCUUGUGUUUGUUCUCCAAAUGAAGCUGUUGCUGCUGCUGCUGACCCUGCUGGCUGUCUCCUCGACCAGCCUGCAGGACAUCGUGAAGAAGGGCAUCCAGCAUGGAAAAGUUUCCUUGCUGAACCCAGAGCUGGAGGACCAAGUUCCUGAAAUGGGCAGUAGCAAAACUGUGUUUGGUCCCCUUACGCCAGUAGACUUGGAGCAGCAGCAGGACCUACCUUCAUCCUUCCUCUUUGGUGAUAAUGUGAACCUGGAGUGGCUCACCUGCGAUGGCUCCCUGCCUAAUGGUGCUGUUUCCAUCUACAACGGCUACACUGAGCGAACCGACUACGUCUGCAAGUACAGGUGCGAAGCCGGCUUCUACAACCCCAGCCUUGGCCCAUUCUGUCGAUACCCUUAUGGAGAUCGAGAGUACUAUGCCCCUGAGUUUGAGAUCCUGACCAACAAAGAUAACUUUGAGUUUCUUGAGUGGAAAGAAGAUUCCUAUGGUUCUGUGCCACAACAUUCGGUAAGAACCUGUGCAGAUGUUGGUAUCUAUGUUGGGAAGAACAAGUUUGGUCUCGGAAAGGUGGUUCCUCAGUUCAAGGCCUUUUUCCUGCCUUGGGAAGGUGAUGAGUACUGGUACAAGAAGUAUCAGGUCCUGACCAUCAAUAGGGAUGCCUACACCCAGCAAAUCACUGAUGUCAAAUAUGGCAUUGACGAGGUCGCCAUCUUUCAGUAUCCUCCUGAAACCAUCCGUAUCUCGGGAGUCACCAAUAAUGAGUGCCAGGCCAUCGUGAAAACAGUCACCAUUUCCAAGACCUCCGAGGUGGAGACAACCUGGAACAUUGGCAGAGCCACCAUGCUGGGCAUCGCAAGCAGCAUCACAGCCAAGAUCCCCCUCAUCGGAUCCGCCGGCAUCGAGUUGAGUGCAGAGAAGACGCUCCAGUUCUCCAGAGGAACCACUGUGGUGGAGUCGCUCAGCCACUCCGUGUCCGUGGAGCUCACAGUACAACCGAACCACUCCUGCACAGUCCGAAUGGAGGGGAGGAGAAUCAAAGCCGACAUCCCCUUUACGGCUCGCCUCAGCAGAACAUACCGGAAUGGGGAGACCCAGUGGACGUCCAUCUCUGGGACGUACGACGGAGUCCAAAUUGGAGAAGUACGGGCCGUGGUGGACCGCUGUGAACCUGUGGCUGAUGCCAAGCCCUGCCCCUGAAUGAGUGAUGAACACACCAUAAAAUUUUUAUUUUCAUCAACCAAAUGAUGAUUCACAAUGAAAAACCUGAUGUGCAGAUGUUGUUUGGCUGAAUAAAGGAGUGAAUCUUG